AUGUCCAUCUUCAAUGGCGUUGCGCUCGUGACUGGGGCUGCUUCAGGUAUCGGCCGUGAGACAGCUCUAUCUUUUGCACGGGAAGGAUGUAAAAGGAUCGUUAUAGUCGAUCGUGAUGCGAAAAAGCUCGACGACACAGAACUUGCGAUUAAAGAAUCCUUCCAGGAUGUUCAGGUCCUGGCUUUACCAACAGACAUCUCCAAAGAGGAGGACAUCGAGAACCUCUAUAGCCAAACGACCAAAACCUAUGGCAGAGUAGACUAUGUUGUCAACGGCGUGUUGAGUAACAACAAGAGGUCUCAUGAGUCUUCCAUUGAGGAAUUUGAUAUGAUCAACAAUGUCAACUACCGCGGAUGUUGGUUAUCCUCUCGCGCUGCUAUUCAACGUAUGCUCAAGCAAGACCCUCUCCCUACUCAUGACGGAAGACCUGGAGUUCGAGGAAGCAUUGUCAACAUCGCCUCACAACUGGGAGUGGUUGGACGCCCAGCAGCACCGGCCUAUUGCGGGAGCAAGGCAGCCGUGAUUAGCAUGACAAGAUGCGAUGCUAUAGAUUACUCCAAGGAUCUCAUCCGAGUCAACGCCGUUUGCCCUGGUCUUAUCGAUACAGCGAUGACCAGGCCUCAAGCUGAUGUCUUGAGCCCUGCCAUCAACAUCGCUCCAAUGGGUCGCAUGGGUAGCCCGCAGGAGGUUGCUGAUUGCAUAUUAUUUCUUGCAAGCAGUAAAGCAAGCUUUGUUCAAGGAGCUGCCAUGAUGGUUGACGGCGGAUAUGUCAUUAAUUAG